AUGGGUGCUAUGUCACGGAAAAGACGGAAGUUGAUGCACGUGGAGGUGAAGUUGGACGAUAACGAGGUAGAUAAUGGGGAUGGGAUGAUAACCUCAAGAUAUUUUCCGAGCAAGAAGAUAACAGGAACGUUAUCAGCGACAGAACAAGACAAUUAUGUGUCGUGCGUAGACAUUGGUGCGAUAAAGAUAAUGUCCAGUGACGAAUAUUUUGAUAGAAUGGAUCGUAUCACUAACGAUGAUCCGAAACAAUGGGAUCGGCCGUUAUCUAAGGAAACUGUUUCACAAUUACAAAAUAAUGAAGGUGUACCAGGUAAUUUUUUGUCUAUAUUCUCACGAGUUCGGAAGAUGAGAUCUCAGAUGUUGGCUACACCUGUAGAUACAAUGGGAUGUCCCAGAAUCCCCCUGCUGGUGUCUAAACAGUUCGGAAUUAGUCGGAGUCAAGUGAGACCCGUAGAUUACCGCUUACAACUGCUGAUUAGUUUGAUCCUUGCAUCACAGACUAAAGAUGAGACUGUAACGAAGGCUAUGCAUAACAUAAUGAGUUAUUGUUUUGAUGAUUUGAAGGAUCCUCUGGGAAUCUCUUUGUCUUCCUUGUCUAGGGUUCCACGGUCCAUAUUGGAACAAUUGAUUAAGCCCACUGGGUUUUAUAAGAGGAAAGCUUUAUAUAUUGAGCAGACAGUACAUAAACUAGAAGAAAGCUUCGACGGUGAUGUUCCAAAGACAAUUUCAGGAAUGACAAGUUUAUCAGGAGUUGGUCCAAAGAUUGGCUAUCUUGCACUUCAAAAAUCAUGGGGUUUGGUUGACGGAAUUUGCGUUGAUGUACAUGUACAUCGGCUAUGUAGACUCUGGAAAUGGGUCGACCCACAGAUAUGUCAUACAGCUGAACAGACAAGGGUCUCUGUGGAAAAAUGGUUACCACGAGAACUAUGGUACGAUUUUAAUACUAUCCUUGUUGGAUUUGGCCAAAUUAUUUGUGGCCCGAAAAUUAGAAGAUGUGAUAUAUGUUUGGCCAACAAAGUUUGUAAUGCUAGUAGUGCAAGGUGGUAA